AUGGCGGCUCCCGUUCUCCCCGUUGCGCCGCUGGCUCCCGCGCACCUGUCGCCCUUCAUCUCCGCCCGCCGGAGGUCCUCGUUGGCCUCCUCCGACCCGCCGCGUCGCCGCGGGACGGGCCCGUCGGUGCGCGCGUCGUCGUCGGCACCGGCGGCGGUGACGAGCGGGUGGGCGCCGGACAGCUGGAGGGCGCGGCCGGUGCGGCAGAUCCCGGAGUACCCGGACGCGGCGGCGCUCGGGGAGGCGGAGCGCACGCUGGCGUCCUUCCCGCCGCUGGUGUUCGCGGGGGAGGCGUGGACGCUGGAGGAGCGCCUCGGGGAGGCGGCCAUGGGCCGGGCGUUCCUCCUGCAGGGCGGCGACUGCGCCGAGAGCUUCAAGGAGUUCGGCGCCAACAACAUCCGCGACACCUUCCGCCUCAUGCUCCAGAUGGCCGUCGUCCUCACCUUCGGGGGCCAGAUGCCCAUCAUCAAGGUUGGAAGGAUGGCAGGCCAAUUUGCAAAGCCAAGAUCGAACCCAAUCGAGACUAGAGAUGGAGUGACGCUGCCGUCCUAUCAAGGUGACAUCAUCAACCACGAUGAUUUCGAUGAGAAAUCGCGUGCACCAAACCCUCAAAGGUUGAUUAGAGCCUACAGUCAGUCUGCGAGCACCCUGAAUCUUUUGAGAGCAUUUGCCCAUGGAGGAUAUGCUGAUCUUCAGUACUUUCUGAGGCACAGCACCACACGGCUCAUGCCCCAUUCAAUGUCAUUGCCAUAUUUGUAUGUGGAGCUUGCCCAGAGGGUUCAUGACGCCAUCGGGUUCCUGCUUGCUGCUGGUCUGCCUCCUCAGCAUCCCAUGAUGACCACAGCUGAAUUCUGGACAUCCCAUGAGUGCCUUCACUUGCCAUAUGAUCAGGCACUGACCAGGGAGGACUCCACUUCUGGCCUCUAUUACGACUGCUCCGCACACAUGCUCUGGGUUGGGGAGAGAACUAGGCAGCUGGAUGGUGCUCAUGUUGAAUUCCUCCGCGGUAUUUCCAAUCCUGUCGGCAUAAAGGUGAGUGAUAAGCUUGAUUCAUCGGAGCUUGUGAAACUCUGUGAGAUUUUGAAUCCUCACAACAAGCCCGGGAGGCUGACACUUAUCACAAGGAUGGGGGCCGAGAACAUGCGUGCCAAGCUCCCCCAUAUGAUCAGAGCCGUGCGUCAAGCAGGGCUUAUUGUCACCUGGGUCUGCGAUCCCAUGCACGGGAACACCAUCAGCGCACCUUGCGGGCUCAAGACAAGAUCAUUUGAUGCAAUUCGGGCUGAGCUUCGGGCUUUCUUUGAUGUACAUGAGCAAGAGGGGAGCUACCCCGGAGGGGUUCACCUAGAGAUGACAGGGCAGAACGUUACAGAGUGCAUUGGUGGAUCCAACACAGUGACCUUCGACGAUCUCAGUUCCCGCUACCGCACGCACUGCGACCCCAGGCUGAACGCGUCGCAGUCGCUCGAGCUGGCAUUUGCCAUUGCUGAGAGGCUAAGGAAGAAGAGAGACAGGACAUGGACUAGCCUGAUAUCUAAAGUAGAAGCUUAA